AUGGAUUUGCUAAUCGGCAAGCUAGACAUGCUUCAGCAUAAACUGCUGGACAUCGAACGGAAUCAAAGACCGAACGAAAGCGACCACAACCUGGAGGCAGCGGAGUCUGGCAGUAAGACGAACGAAAAAGACAUGCGUGCCAAGUUGGAGGAAAUGGAACGAAGCACUAUGGCACGACACAACGAUCUGGAAAGAAAGUUGGAUAAGAUGGAGCGUGAAAUGAUGGCGAGCAAAAUAGUUUACUUACAAGACAAACUGCAGGACAUCGAGCAGAAGCUGAAGAGCAGCGAAAGUUUUCGUGAGGGGCACGUAAAGACCGCUGACCCGUGCACCUAUUCGAAGGAGGAGAAUCUGCUGGAUGAACUGGAACGCCGUAUGACGGCAAAAGAGACAUUUCUCCAGAAUAAGCUGGAAGAAAUCGAGCUUGAGAACAAGGCGAGAGAUGAAAAGUUGAGAUGUUUGGAAGAGAAAUUACAUGACAUCGAGCAGAAUCUCAAAACGAGCAUUAGCUAUGCGCCAUCCGAGGCUAGCACCAAGGCGAUCGAGGAUGACCUCUGCAACAAGUUAGACGACAUGGAACAUUACUUAACAGCAGAUGAGGAUGUCGACCUAGAAGAAAUAGAGAAGUUGUCGACUGAUACAAAUCUACUAAAGAGGCUAGCCGAAGGGGAAAAGAGUACGAACGCCAAGAAUGACACUUUAAAUGAAGUGGUGCAGUUCUUUAAGGAAACGGAGAACAAACUGUAUACUCAGCUUAACAGUCUGGACGAAAAACUCGAAAACCUGCGUGAUAAAUGGUCGAAGGUAUCGGAUCUAUCGGAAGUUGUAAACAGUUCAGUAGAUUCGAACAAAUAUUGCUCGGAUAUUGCAACGAAACGUGGUGGAAAACACCGACUCGCAUUUCACCUCAAUCAGCCGGCACUGGUGUACUGUGACCAUACCGAAUUUGGUGAUGAUUGGAUUAUAUUUCAGUACCGUUGCAACGGUGAAGUGGAAUUUUCCCGUGAUUGGGCUGACUAUCGGGAGGGUUUUGGAAACUUGGACGGUGAGUUUUGGCUUGGAUUGGAGUAUCUUCAUAAACUCACCUCAGCUGGCAAGUAUCAACUAUUGGUGGAGAUUAAAGAUCAUGCUGGAAAAUACGUAUAUGCAAAGUACGAUGCAUUCAAAGUUCUAGGUGAAAUGACCGAGUACGCACUGGAUGUUGGGCGUUACAGCGGGACAGCAGGAAAUUUUAUGCUAUGCAGCAAUGGUCGCCCUUUCUACACUAACGAUAAGCCUAACGUCUUUUAUCCAAAAAAUCACGGCAAAUGUUAUGGAGCCUGGUGGUCCACUCUUCAUUAUACGAACUGCGACUGUGAAUCUUCUGGGAUUGGGCCGGUGGCUUUUACUAGGAUGAUGCUACGUAAAAUUCCUUCUCAGUGA